CUGCGCGCGGCGGCAAGCGGCGGCGCGGCGGGGCGGAGGGAUGGGUGGGCGCGGCGGAGCGCGUCGAGCGUGGCGUAUAAAACGCUGCUGGGCCCGCGCAUGGCUCACUGCUUCGCGAGCCACGCAUGUGGCGCGGCCGUCGCCAUGACUCCCCGGAGCGCUCUCCUGCUGCUGCUGGCCCUCGCGCCGCUCGCCGCCGCCGCCUUCCCCGUGGACGAGGGGCGGGACGACUACGCCGCAGAGACCGACAGCUACGCGCUGGCGCGCGACGCGGCCGCGGGCGAGGACUACUUCCCGGCGCUGGCGGAGCCGGCGGAGGGCGAGUUCGAGUACGAGCGGCCGCCCGCGCCGCUGCCGGCCAUCGUGUACUUCGCCGAGGCGCCGACCCUGGCGCAGGCGCCCGCCGGCCCGCGCCCGCUCGGCCCCAGCAAGCUCGCCAACAAGGUGAGCCUCCGCCCGCCUCGCCAC